GUUCUACACAGUAAAUAAACUGCCCGAAGUACCUUAACCCGCGGCGAUCAGAAUCACUCCGGGUAUCACCGUUCGGGGGAUCGCCAUAGGCUGGCCGUUGCUUGUGGAACAUGUGUCCCUGACCCCUCACCGAGGAGCGGGGCUUAACGUCCGGAAUUUAUCAGCUGCUCGACUUCUUCCAGCAAGCACCAGAGCAUAUUCCAGAUUGACACAGCUUUGGAACAUCGUCGCAUCACUCAACUAGAACCAAACAUGUCCGAAUUCCCUACCCUUCAGCCCGCCUUCACCUUCAAGGUCACAAUCGAUGCUCCGCUAGGCGUCGGCAGCGCCUCUCGGCAGAACAGCCUGCAGGUCGUCCCCAUGACCGGCGGCACUGUCCAGAGUGCGCCUGGAUUCUCUCCUGCUCUUGACGCCGAGUUCGUCGGUGUUGGCAAUGACUACAUUCAUGCGGAUGCCGACGGCAAGCACCUGCGUCUGGAUGCGCAUGGUGUUAUCAAGCCUAAGGAUGGCGAUGAUCUCAUCUACCUGAACUACACUGGUGUCUGCACCCUGCUUCCCGAAGUGCAGGCCGUCUUCGCCGGAGCUGCUCCUGAUGGCUCGACUCCGUUCAACAGUGCUUUCACGCACAUUACCUUCGAGACUGGCAGCGAACGCUACAAGGAGCUCGAGAACCGCGUCUUCAUUGCCCAGGGACGCUUCAACAUCGAAAAGGGCAAGCCCACUGUGGUCGAGUACCGCGUCAGCCAGGUUGUCCAGGGCUAAAUCAGCAAAUACUGUAUAGCAGUGAAUAACAAUCAGACGACAAGACCUGCCAAAUAGAUGCAAGGCAAUCAAAUCUUCAUAACAUUGACAUAAA